AUUUAAUUCCUCCAUCUUGACAGUGCAGUUGGGAUUUCACUGUAAUGAAACUAAUAAUUUCCCUGGAGCUUUUGUUUCUUCUCCUAAAAGAACAAAAACUAAGAAGUUUUAUGUAGCAUGCUCUUCUGCUACAAACCCAUUGUUGGUUAAAGCUGCAAGAGGGGAUCCUGUAAGUCGGCCUCCUGCAUGGAUGAUGCGCCAGGCAGGAAGGUAUAUGGCUGUUUACAAAAAGCUUGCAGAGAAACAUCCAUCCUUCAGAGAGAGGUCUGAGACAACUGAUCUCAUUGUGGAAAUUUCUUUGCAGCCUUGGGAAGCUUUCCGCCCUGAUGGAGUGAUAAUUUUCUCCGAUAUACUUACUCCACUGCCUGCAUUUGGUGUCCCAUUUGACAUUGAAGAAGUUAGGGGCCCUGUCAUUCAGUCACCGAUUCUCUCUGAGGAUUGCUUGAAGGCAUUGCAUCCUAUUGACUUGGAGAAACUACAUUUUGUUGGGGACUCCCUUAAAAUUUUGCGCCAGGAGGUUGGUGAUCAUGCAGCGGUGCUGGGCUUUGUCGGUGCUCCUUGGACAAUUGCCACAUAUAUAGUAGAGGGAGGUACAACCCGCACUUACACAAACAUAAAGAGUAUGUGCCACACAGCACCAAAUUUAUUGAGGGCCCUUCUUUCUCAUUUAACAAAGGCAAUAGCUGAAUACGUUAUUUACCAAGUGGAGUCUGGAGCGCAUUGCAUACAAAUAUUCGAUUCAUGGGGUGGCCAACUACCACCUGAUAUGUGGGAGAAAUGGUCAAAGACUUACAUAACUGAGAUUGUGAGCAUAGUACGGAAUAAAUGCCCUAAAACACCCCUUGUUCUAUACAUUAAUGGAAACGGUGGCCUCCUUGAGCGCAUGAAAGGAACCGGGGUUGAUGUGAUUGGACUUGACUGGACAGUGGAUAUGGCUGAUGGAAGGAAGCGGUUGGGUAAUGAUAUCAGUGUGCAGGGAAAUGUCGACCCUGCUUAUUUGUUUGCUCCACUUCCUGCAGUGACAGAGGAAAUUCAAAGGGUUGUUAAGUGUGCAGGAUCACGUGGGCACAUUCUUAAUUUGGGUCAUGGCGUUCUAGUCGGGACUCCUGAAGAGGCCGUGGCACAUUUCUUUGAUGUCACAAAAAGCUUGAAGUAUGACAGUUCAUCUCAAAAUCAUGCCAUGGAGGAAUCUAAAUUGUUAGUUUGAGAACAUUAUGGUUAGACGGAAUCCUGAGAUUUUUUCCCCCUAUAAAUUGGCCCUUGAUGGUUUAAAUCAAAUCUUAUCCCUGCAUCACAACCUCAUAAUGUUUAAUCAAUUUGCAUUAUUUUAAAGGGGUUGAUUGGAGUUUGGCUCUAGUACAUCCUUUAGGAUAAGCUGGUUAGGUAUAUUCAUUGUGCCAGUUAUUAAACUUUGGGGAUGAAUGAAAUUCCUGAUUUUUUUU